GCCGUGGUCACCACCCAGAGCUCCGAGGCACUGCUGGGCCAGCCCACCCCCACAGGGCAGUUUUUUGUGAUGAUGUCACCACAGGAGGUGCUCCCGGGGGGAGCCCAGCGCUCCAUCGCCCCCCGCGCCCACCCCUACUCCCCGAAGUCGGAGGCUCCCCGAGCCACGCGGGACGAGAAGCGCCGGGCACAGCACAACGAAGUGGAGCGCCGGCGCCGGGACAAGAUCAACAACUGGAUCGUGCAGCUGUCCAAGAUCAUCCCCGACUGCUCCAUGGAAAACACCAAAUCCGGACAGAGCAAGGGCGGGAUCCUGUCCAAGGCCUGCGAUUACAUCCAGGAGCUGCGGCAGAGCAACCUGCGGCUGAGCGAGGAACUGCAGGGCCUGGACCAGCUGCAGAUGGACAACGAGGUCCUGCGCCAGCAGGUGGGAUACUGGGAGCACUGGGAGGGACUGGGAAUGGGAUUGGGGUCACUGGGAUGGGACUGGGAUCGAUGGGAUGGGACUGGGGCGGGCUAG